UGGUUCUCAUGCAUUUAUAAAGCCCUUGCAGUGCAUUCUGAAGGCCAUGAGAAUGAGAAUGCACAGAUAAUUUCUCCCGUGAGUGUAGAACAUGGAUCUGAAAAUAGUUGCAGUGCUUUUUUCACUUAUUUUCAGGUCUACUUUUGCUUAUGCAGGAGGUCUGUCCUUAAACUUUUAUGAACAAUCUUGCCCACAAGUUGAGUAUAUAGUGAGAACCAGUCUUAGAUCAAUCUCCCUCACUGAUCCUACUACUCCAGCAGCUAUUUUAAGACUCUUGUUUCAUGAUUGCCAAGUUCAGGGCUGCGAUGCUUCUAUCCUUCUCGAUCCAGAAAGUGACAUUUUUCAAACAGAAAUGGCUUCGGGGAAGAAUCUUGGAAUCCGUAAGAGGGAGACAAUAAACACGAUUAAGACAGCCGUGGAAGCCUUGUGUCCUCAACAGGUUUCGUGUGCAGACAUUCUCGUAUUGGCUGCUCGCGAGGCGAUUGCCAUGUCUGGAGGGCCAAUGAUAGUUGUUCCUUUGGGACGACGAGAUUCAUCAUCGCCUUCGAACUUUAGACAAGCAGAUGCUUCACUCCCCGGACCAAACAUUGGCCUCGAUGCCACGCUUCAACUUUUCGCGAAAAAGGGCAUGACAGUUGCAGAAUCCGUCGCCAUUUUAGGAGCCCAUACCUUGGGAGUCACUCACUGCUUCAAUCUCGAGAGCCGUUUGUACAAACAAGAAGUUGACAAAAUUGACCCACAAUUCGAAAUUUUCUUGAAAAUGAGCUGUCCAUUAAGGUCAUUUACACCAAAUUCAAGUUUUAUCGUGAAUGACCCCACUACAUUAUCAUUUGACAACCAAUACUUUGUGAAUUCAAUAAAUGGCCGCGGAGUUUUGAGAAUUGAUGCAGAAAUGCCCCUGGAUCCGAGAACCGCGCCAUUUAUUCAAACAUUUGCUGAUGAUCAGGAGGUAUUUUUUGAGGCUUUUUCUUCGGCUUUUGCUAAGUUGUCUUCUUCAAAUGUCCUUACUGGUAAUCAAGGUGUCAUUAGGACUUACUGUAAUAGAUUGUACUGAAAGGCAUUAUAUAGAUGAUUGAGUUUGUGAUUUGAAAUGAUAAUUGAGUUUCUAAAACUAAUCAGAUUUAAUUUUCUAGCUUUAAA